CGCCGCGCCGGUCCAUACCCAGCUUUCUUCCAAAGCCUCUAGCUUCCCCGCCGUGCAGGGGAACUGUCUGUCGAGAAAGUUUUCGAUUUUCAACCUUGUAUCGUUUGUAAACUAGAAGAAAAAUAGUGUUCCGGUCAUCAUGUUGAAGAUAAAAACUCCCAAAAACGCCAGGGUAAAACGGGCGCUGGAAAAACGCGCACCCAAGCUCGUUGAAACUGGGAAGAAGACUCUGAUACUUCAAGGCACGAAGACGAGCAGCACUCUGAAUGCUGUGCUUACGGAAAUUUACCACCUGAAGAAAGGUGGGGCUGUGAGAUUUACACGCAAAAAUGAUAACAUUAGGCCAUUCGAAAGUGGGGGUGAAACUUCUUUGGAGUUCUUUUCUCUCAAAACCGAUUGCAGCCUUUUUGUGUAUGGUUCACACUCAAAGAAGCGACCAGACAAUCUUGUUAUAGGGCGGACAUACGAUCACCACAUUUAUGAUCUGGUAGAGGUUGGAGUUGAAAACUUUAAAUCUAUGGAUUCAUUCACUUAUGACAAGAAACUAGCACCCCGGGUAGGGUCAAAGCCGUUCAUUGCUUUCAUUGGAGAGGGUUUUGAGAGUGUGGACCAGCUAAAACAUUUGAAGGAAGUUUUGCUUGAUCUGUUUCGGGGAGAGGUUGUGGAAAAUUUAAAUCUUGCUGGGGUAGACCGUGCUUAUGUUUGUACAGCAUUGUCUUCAAAUAGGGUGCUCCUCACACAUUGUGCAUUGCGGCUGAAAAAGUCUGGUACAUUAGUCCCAAGGAUGGAGCUGGUGGAAGUAGGUCCCUCUAUGGAUUUGGUAGUCCGUCGUCAUCGCCUUCCAAAUGAAGGCUUAAGGAAAGAGGCUAUGAAAACAGCCAAAGAUCAGCCUAAGAAGAAGGUGAAAAAUGUUAGCAAAGAUGCCAUAGAAGGGAAGAUUGGCAAGAUCUACAUUCCAGAUCAAAAGAUUGGAGAAAUGGCUCUUCCUAACAAAGCAAAAGGAGUGAAGAGAGAGCGUCGUGAAGCUAAGCAAAAAAUAGCUGAUGAGCGCACAUCAAAGAAGCAGAAGGAAGAUGCUGAAUGAUUCUUUGGAUGUGUGUGUUGCUACUGGAUAACUAUCACGUACCUCCUGCUGUAUUUUGAGAAUGGGAAUUGAUCAGAGGUGGAGUAUAGAUGUUUGAGGCUGAUAUAUUCUUCUUUUUGUGCUGUUUUCCUUUUUUUCUCAUUCUUGUUUUCUCAGAGAUAAAUGUUGGAUUUGUUUUGUUUUUCCUGAUGAGUAUGCUGGAUUGUUUUUGCUUCUAUGAUAAAUUUUGAAGGCUAUG